AUGCCGCAGGGCGAGACAUUCCAUCGGGCGGUCUCGAAAGUGCUUUUUAUUUCACAAAUCUACGGCCUGCUUCCGGUUAGCAAUGUCCGUGCUCUGGACGUGGCGGAUAUCCGGUUUCGCUGGUGCUCCCCCCGCAUUUUGUACUCCCUACUCAUCGGGAUCCUAAACCUUAGCGAAUUCGGGGCGGUUAUCAACUAUGUCAUCAAGGUGACCAUCAACUUUCACACCUCCAGCACUCUUUCGCUGUACAUUGUCUGCCUUCUGGAGCACCUCUUCUUCUGGAGACUGGCCAUCCAAUGGCCCAGGAUUAUGCGCACCUGGCAUGGAGUGGAGCAGCUCUUCCUGCGUGUUCCCUAUCGAUUCUACGGCGAGUACAGGAUAAAGAAGCGCAUCUACAUCGUGUUUACAAUUGUCAUGUCAUCGGCUUUGGUGGAACACUGUCUCCUGCUGGGCAACUCAUUUCAUCUGAGCAAUAUGGAGCGCACCCAAUGCAAGAUCAACGUUACCUACUUCGAGAGCAUUUACAAGUGGGAGCGUCCGCAUCUCUACAUGAUCCUGCCCUACCACUUUUGGAUGCUACCCAUCUUAGAGUGGGUUAACCAGACCAUUGCCUAUCCGCGCUCAUUCACCGACUGCUUCAUCAUGUGCAUUGGCAUUGGCUUGGCUGCCAGAUUUCACCAGCUCUAUAGAAGAAUCGCUGCUGUUCAUAGGAAGGUUAUGCCCGCGGUCUUUUGGACAGAGGUUCGGGAGCACUAUCUGGCAUUGAAGCGUCUGGUGCAUCUGCUGGAUGCGGCAAUAGCUCCACUGGUGCUCCUGGCCUUUGGCAAUAACAUGUCCUUCAUUUGCUUUCAAUUGUUCAACAGCUUCAAAAAUAUAGGUGUGGACUUCCUGGUGAUGUUGGCUUUUUGGUACUCCUUAGGAUUCGCCGUAGUUCGCACUUUACUUACUAUUUUCGUGGCCUCUUCCAUAAACGAUUACGAACGAAAGAUUGUCACAGCACUGCGGGAUGUGCCCUCCAAAGCUUGGUCCAUAGAGGUUCAGCGCUUCAGUGAGCAGUUGGGAAACGAUACGACAGCUCUCUCCGGCAGCGGAUUCUUCUACCUCACCCGCUCACUUGUCCUGGCUAUGGGCACCACCAUAAUCACCUAUGAGCUCAUGAUAUCGGAUGUUAUUAACCAAGGUUCCAUCAGGCAAAAGACUCAGUACUGCAGGGAAUAUUAGAUCCUAGAAUUUACUACUCGAAUCUCCAAUUCAAGAACGCAUUUAGUCAUAAGUGUCACGCCCAUGCACCCGCACCGAAUCCACAUUCGCGAGAUCCUAAUCUGCAAAUAGUUCGGCAUACGCCCCAUGUUUACGGCGUGUCCUUAGCACCUGAAGGACCUC